UGACUGUGUUUUCAGAAAGUUUAGGGCAGUUUUGAUUGCUGGCAUAUGAAUGAUUCUGUGGUUUAACAAGUUGUCAGAUUUUUGAUAGUGAAAUUGCUUAACCUUGACUUUUGACCCACGCAUAGUUGAAGCAAAUCCUAGGAAAUUCAACCUUGAUGCAACUGAAUUGAGCAUAAGAAAAGCCUUCAUUACAAGUACUCGGCAAAUCGUCAGGGACAUGAAGGAUCAGAUGUCAACUUCAUCUGUGCAGGCAUUAGCUGAAAGGAAGAAUAGACAGGCACUGCUGGGAGACAGCGGCAGCCAGAACUGGAACACUGGAACAACAGAUCAGUACCGGCGCCUCGAUCGGGAGCUGCAGUUAGCCAAUUCCCAUUUCAUUGAGGAGCAGCAGGCACAGCAACAGUUGAUCGUGGAACAGCAGGAUGAGCAGUUGGAGCUGGUCUCUGGCAGCAUUGGGGUGCUGAAGAACAUGUCCCAGCGCAUUGGAGGAGAGCUAGAGGAACAGGCAGUCAUGCUGGAUGAUUUCUCUCAUGAGUUGGAGAGCACGCAGUCUCGGCUGGACAAUGUGAUGAAGAAACUUGCAAAAGUGUCUCAUAUGACCAGUGAUCGUCGCCAGUGGUGUGCCAUAGCUGUCCUCUUUGCAGUCCUGUUGGUCGUGCUGAUCCUCUUCCUGGUGCUGUGAUGCUGCUUGCAGUAUGGGCUCCUCCUCUGCAUGGGCUGAGGGGAAAGGAGCAGAAGCACUCUCCGUCACUCACACUCCUUUCCUGGAAAUGUGCCUCCACGCCGACCUUCCUCUUGUGACUCUGCAGUGAGGCAGCUCCUCCAUCCCAGUGCGGGAAGGACUAGCGGCAAGAGGAGAGAUGUCUACACUUCUGGCUGGUCAACAGAAGCUGCCUGCCGCCUGUCCUGUCUGAGGACAGCUAGCCACUGCUUUGCCUCACUGGAUUUCGUUCCUUCAGGGAGGCUUUCAACUCAUACAGAAGAAUUAGAAGACCCACUAAUGUUCUGUUGCUCAUUCCAUCAUGUCUGGCAGCUCUUCUACUCAGCCCCUUCCCCUGCUCAGACAGGCCGCUGUCCCAUCAAAAGAAACCUGCUGAGAAUGUGGGUUGUUGGGUAUGUUCUUUUCCCAUUGCUGUAGCAUUUCUUAGUCCCUGAGAGCUGGUUAUUGAUGGGGACAGAAGCCUCAGAAGCAGUUUGUGACAGAAAAUGCAGUUUUUCAGGGAUAAAAGCUGAGAUUAAAUUGCUUCGCCAGGUGCUUUUUUUUGGUGGUAGGAAUUACUAAUGGAAAAUACUGUGCCACUGUGGGGCUUGGGGUGCUAACAGCCUGUGGCUCUGAUGAGCUGGGACAGUUGAGAAGAGCAGUACGACCUGCAGUGACACAGCUUAGGGAAGGUUGGUGAAGUUGCCAGAGUCAGGCCAGACCUGCUGGCUUCGUGUUGCUGAAACAUUGCAGCACAUCAAGUGGACUGGGUUACGUGAUCCUCCCCUGGACACUUUAAUUCCUGUGGCAUUCUGCAGUGGUGGUGGUGGAUGGUCAGGGCAUUUUCUUACAUUUACAAAGAUAUAGUCAUGGCACAAAAAGGCUGGUUCUGGACCAGACUUCUCUUUCCCUGUGAGUAAUGGCAAGGAUGGGUAGGUAAAUGAACUUGAUUCUUUUGCUUUCUACAAAGAUGACAACUUGACUUUAUUAUUGUCCAUUCAAAUAACUGAGCCAGUCCAAAUUUAAUGAUAGAUGCUUUAAUUGAGUUUUAAGUAAGCUGAAACUGCUGAGACACUAAACUUUAAACUUCUGAUGACUUUUUAAAUGCCUCAAAUGUGCACAUGUAUAUAGGAUAUUUUUUAUAACUUCCCUGAAAAAGUAAUGGUUGGACCCAGAGCCAGAGCUCAGCAAUGGAGACUGCCUGUCUCUCCUCAUGGUUGCCUUUUGCACUUGGAAAGAGCAGCAACAUCUAGAUAGAGUUUGAGCUUUGACUUCUCCUUUGCUUGCCUUUUUGUGUAUUCCUCAGCACGCUAAAUUUUGUUGUCAUUGUUUUGUUUGUAUUUCCUGGGGGUUUUUUGGGGGGGGUUAUCCCCUUUUUUUUGUGAUUUGCAAUGAUGUGCUUGCCCAGCUAACUUUUGAAUUGCACUUUUUAAUAAAUAUUUGUAAGAAUUUUUAAAAGAAGGAUAUUUUAUCUUGUUUAGGAUCAUGAUAGUAAGGAAAUCUGCCUGUUGAUAGAAGCUAAAAGCAAAUUUGUAAAAAUGAAAGAGUGGUUGACAUCCAUGUUUACAUUCAACUCUGAUGUUUGAUAUAUAAAUAAGUUAUUUCUUUUCAAAUUAGAAACAAGUGACUAUUUCAAAGGGCUUCAAAUGUAGGGUACUAGGUUAUUUAUGUUUUACAAAGCUUUUUGACUUCUAUCAUUACAUGUUACAGUCUUCUUUCUAUAAGCUUAGACCAUAAAUGGUCCUUAGUUUUACGUUAGAAUAUAGAAGUCUUUUGUUAAAAAUAAAUGCGGACUUUGUCUAAGUACUGUAAUCCAUACUCCACAUUACAAGCAACAGCAUCUCAAAGAAUUAAAAUUACCCUAUUUACAAGCCAUGCUAUUCUGCUGUUAUCAGAUUGUAUGCCAGUCUAGCCUAUUUAGAACAUGCCUGGUCAUUACGGAGUAAGAUACUCCUAUUAGUUCAAGGACCAGGUUUUGUGACCCUCAACUUAAUUUUGUCUGAUCUGUUUUGAAGUGGCAUGUUGAUCUCACAGGUUCAAAGUAUUGCUAAACAGUGGCUGUUGUAGACCUGACUUGACCGAAGCUGAACAGGGAACUAUUUAGAGAGAAAGUUAGCUUCAAAUGCAGGUGUUCUCCUUGUGGGACUUCCCACUCCAGCUUCAGACUGGCUUAGUCCUGGUCUCAUCCUCUCAUGCAUGCCAGGGUGUCACCACAGAGCAAGGGUCCAUUCGAAGGCCCUCCACUCAAACUUAGAACUGUGACAGCCAAAGAGAACAUGCCAGGGACCCAUAUUUAUUCUCACGGACAAAUAUUCCUUUCUCAGUGAUGCAGUAAACUUAAUGGUUCCUUCAUCCUAUGUCCUGGAAUAGUGAGAGAAAGGAGGCAACAAGGAGGUAGCAGCUGCGUUUUUCUCCUGCCACCUUCUGCACAGAGUUUCAUAUUCAGCAUUUGUAAAGAACUGGCAGAAUAUGAUGGAUAACAGAAAGAGCUCAAUUUAUGUUUACUUGAACAUUUUAACUGAUUUGAGGGUGAGAUGAGGAAUGAUCCAUUGAGAGUUUGCCAGAAAGUGAAUCCAUCUGGAAAACCAAAAUACCUUUGGUUUUCAGUCCUAAUUUUUGGUCUUGUCUUUGUUUGGCCUGAAAAUGUAUAUGCUCUGGACUUCAUGGCAAAUGGAUUUGCUCUGUGUGUGUGUGUGUGUGUGUGUGUGUGUGUGUUUUAUAUGAGUAUCUUCCACAAUUUCAGAAUUCAUGCCAGAGCUGAAGGAGGAAAUUUGGUAACUUGCCCAUUAUUCUCUGCUUUUAGCCAGAGUUAAACAGACUGAUGGGUCUGGUAGCCAACAACUUGGCAACUUCCGCUUCUUCUCACCUCGUGAGAUUAAGGGCUGUGAAAAGAAAUCUAGCUAACUCCAACAGAAAUCUGUCUCUGUUAAGUGUUUUACCUUCUGUAAGUAAAGGUGGGGGAGCCAAGAUUUUUCCUUUGGUAAUUUCCCUGACCAUAAAGUGAGACCAGAGGGACAUCUAUUCCCUAUUGCCUUUUUAAAGAAUUCAUAGCAUUUGAAGAACAAAAAACUGAAUGAUAAAUAAGAGUUGCAUUUCAACUCUGUCACUUAGUACUGCUUGGGUUCACCUUGUACUACAAGGUAAAUUUGUAAACAAAACAAAAAUGGGCUAUCUAGAAAGCAAGUCCUAAAAUACGGAAUGCACAACUUCAUUUUCCCUUUGGCUUCCUCUCCCUGGCAUAUCCUUCCCUCUCAAGUUUUUAAGAAUAAUUCUUAAAAGACUGUUAUUUGCUCAUGAAGAGUGAAGAGAAAGGCAGGCACCAGUGGCUAACAUCUUUAAUCCUACCUAACUUGGAGGCUGAGAUAGAAUGGUUGGAGUUCAAGGCCAGCCCAGGAAAAUAGUUUGCGAGACCCCCAUCUCAACCUAUAAUUGGGU